UUCAUGAGUUGAGUUGAUUUGUGAAAUAACAACAGGUUGCAUUUAACUGUAAUUACAAAAUCAGCAGUAGAGAACAGACGAAUUGUUAACAAUUAGAUAAACAUUAAAAAUGUCACUGCCCUCAACAAAAGCAACUACGGCGACAGCAACGAACGCGGUUGUGCAGGCAGUUGAGACAUAUAUUCAAAACCAAAACUUAUUGGGUGAGAUUGCCGAACUGGAUGAACUGCUCUAUGAUUUGAUCGAUUUGCAUAAGCACAAUGAAUUGGCCCUCAAACGUGUGCUGCAGUGCAUCUAUAACUUACUGCAGGGCAACAACAAGUGGAAUGUGAGAUUUGGCUCGAAGGUAUUUCACAAACUCAUCUCGGUUAUCAUCGCCGAUAGCACAGAUGGUGGCAGCGCACAUGGUCUGCACCGCCAGCUGGUGGCCAACGUGCUCAUCUGUGUGCAAAUUCAUGCACGCAAGUUCCCUCGCAUUGAUGGAAAAUUCUUGCUGCGUCAGCUCUGGUCGCUAAGCUUGAGCAGCGAGCGGCAACCGCAUGCAGCCCAAAUCCUCGUGCAGCUUUUUGAUGAUUUUGUACGUGAACUGGGCGAGGAGUGCGCCUGCUCAGCCCAGUUGUAUGCUGUCAUUCAAAGUUUUCUGCAGUCGGAGGAGCGCGAGCAACGAAAAUCCGCGUACUUUCUUUUAAGGAAACUCCUAACGAUAAUGCAAGCAACCGAUAGCUCUGGCGGGCUGAGCACACUCGUGCUCGAGAGUCUUAAAUGCAAUGAGCAUGUUUGGUAUGCUUAUGUGGUUAUUAUGGAGACGCUGGAAGAGCAACAAUCGCAUUUGGUGGUGCCCACGUUGAGCACGCUGCUGCCCCGAAUCGCGGAAAGUAAUCAAGGGGACGAAUGGCUGAUCUGGUUGCGCAUUUUGUACGUCCGACUAUUGCAGGACAAUAACAUAUUGGUGCUACGCUGGACCUUAAGUUUUUUCUUUAACCGCUUCGAUGUAACUAAAUUAUGCCGCGUCAAGCUGUUGCCCGAAUUUCUGGCAGCCACCAACCGAACACAGCUGUAUAAUGUAGAAAGUUACUUUUUGCCAGCGGUAGAUAUGGAAAAAUUUAUGUCCCACGAAGAUGACGCGCAGGAGUUUUUGGCAGCAUUGGUCACAGUGCCAUGGCACUCCGUUCCCCUGCACUUUUGGCUGAGUGUAAUGCAGCCGGAGAAAGGUGCAUUCACUAACAAAAAAGUGCUACUGCAGCUCAGCUCACGGGUUCGCACAUUACGAAAUUCAGAAUUGCGACAAGAAGCUGGCCAGCGCGUGUUUGAGCUAUUCAAGCCCACCAUAGACAGUUUGACACUGGGCGAUUAUAUGGUCUUCAUUGAGACACUAUUCAACGUGAGCGAUGACUAUUAUAAUGACCAUCAACGUUUAACAGAAAAAAUGCGAAAUUGCGAAAACACUGAGAAAGAGUUUGUUCACUUUAGCAAACGUUGCUAUGAAAUUAUGGUUCGUAAUUCCUGCAUUACUAUUUUAGUAUAUGAACUUCUAAGGCAUUUGAGCAAAUUGCCAAAUUCGGAACACGGUUGGUGGCGCUUGUUUCCACUGUUUAGUCUAAAUUACAUGGAUCCAGAUAUAAAGGAAAAAUGUUUGGAUUUCUAUAGAACUCGGUAUAAUGUGAACACUGAAAUGUUUGAAACUGUCGCAAGUCUUGAGGAAGUGCAGCAACAUCUGCUGCAGCAAUUUAAAUGCCAAACGAAGGAUGAGAAGUCCUUUGUGCUGGAGCAUUGCGUAGAUUGCUUCGUUCGGGUUAACAUAAUAAGCUGGACUUCCAUGAAACAGUUGCACUUGCAACCAUGCGAUCUGCUUGAAUGUGGCACAAAAGCAACGUUUCAACAUUUAGCAGAAAAACUGGAAUUAAGUGCUACAAGAAUCGAAGAUGAAGCAAAUGUGCUUUCAACUUUUGUUAACUUCUCAAAGAAGCAUCCAAACUGUGAAAACGCCGCUGUGAGCAUUGUUAAGUACGCGGCCAAAUUUUUGAGCGAUGACGAAAAUAGGAAACUUUUGACAGAUAUAAUUCAUAACCACUUUGAUUGGAUAGUUUGGUCAAUCUUAAUCAAUGGAAGAGAAGUGCCCAAUUCCUUGGUUAUACAAGGCAUACUAGAUGGCGAGGUCACCACAGGAGAUGCACGCAUUGAAGCAGCUUACACCGACAGCAUUAUUGACACACCAUUCCAUGAUGUAAAAUUGCGAAAUAGAUAUAUUUAUUUUUCGAAACAACAAUCAGAGGAUAUAGUACAUGCCGUCUGUGCUGAACUGCUGCGGAUCAACAAAGAAUUAAACGAUAGGAAACCGCGUUAUUUUGAAAAUUGCAAAGAGCAUAGAAUAAAAAUACGUGUCGCCAGAGCACUGCUAAUGAUGAAAGAUCGACUCCAAUGGUCCGACGAUCUGUGGGGCGCAGUGCUGGCGCCCAAUGAUCAACUUAAUAUCUGCUUCAUGUAUGAAUGUCUCGUGGCUCAGCUGCUGCCUAGCUUUUAUCAGUUGUUGGAGCGAAUGCAGUCGUUGGGGUCGCUCAAACCAAGUCAGCAAGUGUCAAUCAUUUCCGUUGCUCACAUAUAUUGUUUGCAGAAUUGGAAGUCUCUAAACUUGCAACAUUUACAAGAAACUGUAAGCCUGCUUUUGCCACACACAAUGGGAGCACACUAUCAAACCCGUCUUCUCGCUCAAUUGGUUCUACACAGUCUCGCAGUUAAGUGUGAAAUGUGCAGUAUCGAAUUCCCUAUACUUAGUACAAUAAAGGUUAGCAUUGAAAUGACUUUGGGGGCAAAGUUGCACGAGUUGGAAAACGAAUCGCGCCUCUUACUACCGAAAAUACUUUCUGAGCAUGCUUUUCCUGCUGAUGUUAUCUUGUAUAUGACAAAUACGCCAUUUGAUGAAUAUGAAAAACAGAAAAUCACUUGCGAUAAGCUUAAAGCUAAUGUAGAAGUGGCACGAACUGCCUUUAAAACGAAAAAGAAUCCAAUAACAAUUUUACCUGAUGCUCUACUUGAGACGACAAAUUUAAAUGUACAGCGGAAAAUGAAUCCCAUCAACGAUAUAUAUAACUAUAAUAAUUUAUCCAAAACUGAAGGACAAUUAAAUGAACGGGAAUUAAUAGUUGUUGCCUCCCUCAUAGAUAAGUUGCCUAAUCUUGGCGGUUUGGCGCGCACCUGUGAGGUGUUGGGCGUUAAAACGUUGAUAUUGGGCGCCAAGUCUUUUGUGGACAAAAGCGAUUUCACAAAUUUGAGCAUGACCGCCGAAAAGACGCUAAAUAUUAUUGAAGUAAGGCCGGCUGGACUUGGCGAGUAUUUAAUUGCGAAACAAUCCAUGGGAUAUAAGAUUGUUGGUGCUGAGCAAACAGCUCAUAGCGUUAGUUUUGCAGAUUUCAAAUUUCCCGAAAAAUGUAUCCUGUUAUUGGGUCAUGAGAAACAUGGCAUUCCAGUGGAUCUGAUAGCGUUAUUGGACUAUGCUGUGGAAAUACCCCAGUUUGGUGUGGUGCGCUCCCUAAAUGUCCAUGUGACUGGCUCUUUGUUUAUUUGGGAAUACUGUAAACAGUAUUUAAACAAAAAGUAGAUUUGGAAGAAAAACGCCUUCAAUACAAACGUGUCCAGGUUGAAGACUAUUUUUUGAAGUACCUCGUAUAUUUGUUGUGAUAAAUUUCUUCAAUAAACAUUCAAAAUAUA